AUGAUGUCCGCCGAAAAGGAUGUGAAGGAGGUUGAGGAAGCCCCGAAGGAGUCGUUCGGUGGCUGCGACUCGUGCUCUGGUGUCAGCUGCACCCCCGACGGCCUCAUCGGCUUGAACACCUACGACUGGAAGUACCUCUGCAUCCCGUCGCUGCCUUGCUUCGGGCCAGCGAAGUCCCCGCCGCUUCUCAAGCCGGAUUCGAAGCUGCCCCUGAUGCUGUCGUUGAUCAUGGGGCUGCAGCAUGCCCUGGCCAUGCUGGGAGGUAUCAUCACCCCGCCGUCGUUGAUCUCCGGCGAUGCCUGCUUUGCAUGGCAGCUGGAUCAGGAGCUCUGUGACUCCAAGCAGCAGCUUGGAAAGCAGAAG